UAUCGACGCAUGUUUUGUCCCACCCGCAAGCUUAGUUCGUUGCGCCUUGUGCAUUAGAAUUUUCCCUUCCCCGGCAGCUCUUUUCCAGCAACCACGUGGCUUCUGUAUACGGUUCAUCAGACGUUAUCCAUCACUCGCUUAUGUGGUCCACAGGAUGGUAGAAUUGACUAUGGAAGCUAGAGUUAUUGUUUAUUGAAAACAGUGUGUUUCACAAAGCGCAAUGAAUAUUGCUGACUUAAUUCCAAUCGAUCUGAGUAAUGAUCAUGACUACCCGUCGACAAGCAAUUCUUCUCUGGACGUCGAGGUGGACAGUGGUAAUGAGCUUCAAGCGACGGAUAGUACAAAAGAUGUAGAACAAUCUCCAAGCGCGCAUCAGAUAGUGUUGGGAACCAGUGCAACUAUAAUGAGCAGUGACAAAAUUCAACCACGUGUUUUACGCUCUUCAAGUCGAGCUUUGUACGCGCAAUCUGUUUCGGAAAAUGUGUUAAAAGUAACUCCACCAUCGUCGUCACCACCGGAAACGUUAUUGCAGAUUAAUUCCAGAAUUGAAAAUUUCCCUGUUGCUACAAUAGAUUUUUCAAAAUCCUGUUCUACAAGCAGUGACCGAUCUGAAAGCAUAGGGAAUAUCGACAAAAGAUACUGUGGUGACAAUCACGUCAAUUCACAUGUUUGUACAUCGAUUGGCGGAUAUGGUGCUUCCAACACGAGUUCAUUCUUCAAAAAUUCGAGUAAUUUUGAUACAUUGAACCAAUUGGAUACAACUGUUUGGAAAAGGCGAGCUCUUGAAAUGGAAAAAGAUUACAAAAAGACAGCAUGUGAUCGUGAAAGAACCCGAAUGCGUGAUAUGAACCGUGCUUUUGAUCUGCUUCGUAUGAAACUACCCCACACUAAACCAUCUGGCAAGAAGCAUUCUAAAAUUGAAUGUCUCAGACUUGCUAUCCAAUACAUUCGGCAUCUACAGCGUGAGCUACAAUAUCCGACAACUCCAUCACCUCACGCUGUCGAAUACUGUUAUGAUUUACCUUCAUAUAACCCACCACCUUCGGUACCGCCACCAGCACCAUCAACAGCGUAUCAUAAUGUGGAUCCUAAUAACAACGCUAUUCAUCAUAUGCCGGCUCACAACUCACAGUGGUUUAUAACUAGCAACACCGAGGGCUACAGCUAUUACUAUUUGCCCUAA